AUGGCCGGCGAGAGGAAAAGGAUACUGGUCGGUUUGAUAGUGGCAAUGCUUUUGGGAACUGCCGUUUACUUUAGGCUUUGGACCAUUGACUACGCGAUUUCCUCCGAGGACACUGAGCUCAUAAGAAGACAAUUCGAUCUGGCCAAUAGAGAAGCCAUGGACGAAUCUGCUGAGUGGAGGAUGAAGUAUGAUGAAGAGGCAGAGAGGGCAGCCAAGUGUGACAAGGAAUUGAUAGAGAUCAAGCAGAAGGUGGACGAUGCAGCUAGUGUAAACCAGCAGUUGGCAGUGCUACAGAAGGAAAACAUGGCCUUGAUUGAACGUAUGGAAUUACUGAAAAAGGAGCUGGCCGCAAGCAAAUCAAAAUGUGGUCGCUCGAGAUACACAAGACUAUAG